AUGGGACAGGAUGCAGGUGUGUACUCGACUAUCCUUCAGAGACGGCUGAGCAGAGUAGACACCAGCGGAUUCGGUUCGGGAGGCACGGAGAUCUGGCGGGAUGGCCCGCUCUCGCCAUUUCAAAAUGCCUACAAAGCUUCGGUGCAUUACGUCAGCAGCAAGAUGCCGGAGGAGAUGUUUGUCAACUCGGAGGGCGCGUACAAAGUCCCUCUGAGCUUGGUGGUGCUGUCGCUGGUGAUGAUCGUUUCUAGCGCUCCGCUGGUGCCGCUUGCGCUACCGCUGGUGGCUGCUCAUGGCGUCUGGAUUUCUGGCCGAGCUCAAACAGGUUGCGACGUGUUUCUCCGAUUUCUGGGCCUGCUCCUGUCCUGGGCCCCCCUGGCCCUUUUAGUUCCCCUGGCUCGGAUGAUUAGCACUGGGCAGACGCUCCAGCUCUUCGAGCAAGAGAAGAUCUCACGUGUGGAGGUGCUUGGGCCAUUCGUCUGCUGUGGCUUGGCUUCCCUCAUCUUCUUCUCAGACGUCUUCUUUUACAUCGUCGAGCGGGCCUGUGCCUGGAUGGUUUGGGACGAGUUCGCCGAGCUCGAAGAAAAGGUCUUCGAAGUGGACGAAGAUGUCAUGCGGCAUCCGAAGCUGGUGGCCCGGGUGGUUCACUUUCUCGAGCAGCUGCGUGAGAACAUCCGGGUCCAGAGCGCCGUCUUCAAUCGCAGCUACGUGGUGCAGUCGGAGUUCGAGCGCCGGAUCCUCUAUGCUCUGGAGGGUGGCGACCACCGCCGAUGGCUGGAGAGCGCCCCGCUGCUCAACCAACGCAACAAGGAGUCGUGGAGACUGAGCGUUGGGUCUCUACUGGCAGGGCUGGUCCAGGCGACGCUGCCGUCCAUCUCGCGGGUCUGCCUCGGAGUGGAGGAGCCUCUAUUCUGCGACUCCGGAAUUCUGAUGUUCAUCCGGAUCACGUACUGCUUGACUGCCUUCGCGACAGCGGCAUAUGUUGCCCGUCAUUGUAUCGGUACGCUGAUGAGGCUUCACACCUUUCAGCUGCGUUGCCUGGCCAUCCUCUACCUGGUUGCUCCCGACAAGAGGCGGAAGGCCCUGGGCUGGCAGUACUGGAGCCUCAUGGAGGGCCUGCGGCUCACCUUGCCGGAGGAUCAUCCUGAAGCGGAUGGCCAGGAGACGCCAACGAGCCAACAUUCGCAGAGGAAGCUCUGGCUGGUGGACGAGCGGCGGCACACGAAGAACGAGCAGGAUGCCUUCACCAAGCUUCUUUUCGCUUGCACGGAUUCGAUGAGGUACACACUGUUCUUCGAUGACGUCCGUGAAGGACGUCCGCAGGGUGAAGAGGUGCAGAGAACUGGGAGCCUGGAGAAGUUCCAGAAUGUGAACAGCGAGCUGACCGAGAUCUCCCUGAGGAAGAACGAGUCGGGGGGGCACGACAAGCCCUUGCGCAAGCAAACGAGGCGUCGAGCUACUGUCGUGGGCGACGACGAGCAACUGCAGGAGGAGCAACCCUGUCCCGCUCACAACAAAGAGGUCAAGAUCUUGGCCGCACGGCGCUUCUCCUUGCUCCGCAUAGUCACGCGUGCGAACGCAUUGGUCCUUCAGGUGCACGUUGAGAAGCUGCUCAUCGGCAUGGUUGUCGUCACCGUGCUGUACGUGACCAGCGAAAUGCUUCUGGUGGCCUCAGAGGACUCCCUCACCUCGGCGAGCAUCGUUUGCCUCAGCAAUCUCUUGGCCAUCUUCGUCCUGGUGUUGAGCAUUCUCAACAAACUCGUCGCGUUGAACCAGAUGUUUCGCGAAGACACGCUGAAGGUUUUGCAGUCUUGGAAAGAGAAGCUGGAUCGGCUGCGCUUUGAAGUCACCCUGGACAUGCCAAUCGGCUCCGCGCGCACGCACAUGGACAGUUUUUUCCUCAGCCUGCUUGAUCCUGUGACGGAUAUGGUCGACUUCAUCAAGAACUGGCAGCAGCCAAUCUCACUCUGCGGUGUUGAGAUCACGAGCACCAAGCGCAACCAGGUGCUGGUACCCAUGCUGAGCGGCGUCUUCUACAUUCUGGGCCGGGCGCUGAUGCAGGUGAACUGGGCCAGCCGCCUCGAGGUCAUCGCACAGCAGACAGCUGGUGUUGAGCUCGGGCAACUGGGAAUCACCUAA